UCUCAAAUGUACUGAAUGAGCUUGAUUUGCUAAAAUUAGUUUCCGUGUUCGACAUUUGUGAUGAAUACAAAUGAAGUUGGUUUACUUCAGCUAAAUGUUUAAAAAGUACAUUUGUAAAAUGAUGUGACCACUUGUUUUGAUUCAUAGACAUUAUCUGACAACUAGUGACUGAUUGGCUGGAUUGCAGAAUGUCUGCAACAUUUUUGCAUAUUGGAGACAUAGUGUCACUGUAUGCAGAAGGAACUGUCAAUGGAUUUAUUUCGACGUUAGGGUUAGUAGAUGACCGCUGUGUGGUGCAGCCUGAAGCGGGAGACUUAAACAACCCUCCCAAGAAAUUCAGAGACUGCCAGUUUCGGAUCUGUCCCAACAGUCGCUACUCCGCCCAGAAGCAGUUCUGGAAAGCUGCCCGGCAGAGCCCUACCUCCAACACAGACCCUAUCCUCCUCAAGAAACUACUGCAUGCAGCUGAACAAGAGAAAAAGCAGAAUGACAAGGAGAACCAGAAAGAGCUCGGCAAAGAAGUGCAGUAUGGAAAUGUCAUACAGUUGUUGCACUUGAAGAGUAACAAGUACAUGACAGUGAACAAACGCCUGCCUGCUCAGCUGGAGAGGAAUGCCAUGCGUGUGUACCUUGAUGCCUCGGGAAACGAGGGAUCAUGGUUCUAUAUCAGUCCCUUCUAUAAGCUCAGACAGUCGGGCGAUAAGGUGGUUGUGGGUGACAAGGUGAUACUGAACCCCGUAAAUGCAGAGCAGCCCCUGCAUGCCAGCACCUUUGAACUUCCUGACAACCCCGGCUGUAUGGAGGUGAACUCAGUGAGCUGUAACACCAGCUGGAAGAUGGUCCUCUUCAUGGACUACAGGGAGAACAUGGACCAUGUCCUCAAGGGGGGUGACGUAGUGCGAAUGUUCCACGCAGAGGAGCAGAAGUUCCUCACGGCAGACGAGUACAAGAAGCAGCUGCACGUGUUCCUGAGGACGACCGCUCGCUCUGUUGUCACCAGCGCCACAAGCUCCAAGGCUCUCUGGGAAAUUGAGGUUGUACAACACGACCCCUGCAGGGGAGGGGCUGGUCACUGGAACAGCCUGUUCAGGUUCAAGCACCUGGCAUCCGGAGCUUACCUGGCAGCAGAGAUUGACAAUGAUCCCACAGAGGACCCAACAAGGAACAAGCUGCGUGGCACAUCUCAGGUGUACUGCCUAGUGUCUGUACCACACGGGCACGAUAUCGCCACACUGUGGGAGCUCGACCCAACCACCAUGACACGCACUGACACACUGGUACCCAGGAAUUCGUAUGUGCGCCUGCACCACCUGUGUACCAGCACCUGGGUCCACGCCACGUCAGCCCUCGCCAUUGACAAGGACAAGGAGGAUGAUAGGCCCUGCAUGAACAAGGUUGGUUGUGCCCAGAUCAAAGAGGACAAGGAGGCCUUCAACAUCGUGCCAGUGUCACCCAGCGAGGUCAGGGACCUGGAUUUUGCUAAUGACGCCAGUAAACUGGCCGGCGAGAUUGCCCACAAACUGGAGCAAGGAUCCAUCACUCAGAAUGAGAAAAGAUACAUCACAAAGCUGCUGUCAGAUCUGAUCUACUUUGUGUGCAACCAGGAGGCGACCGACACAGGACAUGACCCCCUCGAGGUUGAGAUGGUUAACUCUGAGGAUUGCCGCGAGAGACAGAAACUGCUCCGGGAACAAAACAUUGUCAAACAGGUGUUCAAGAUCCUGCAGGCGCCCUUCAAAGAUGACGGGGAGGGUCCUGCCCUGCGUAUGGAAGACAUCAUGGACCAGAGACACGCCCCCUACAGGCAGAUCUGUAGGCUCUGUUACAGGAUACUCAAACUGUCUCAGCAGGGAUACAGGAAAAACCAGGAGUAUAUUGCCAAGCAUUUCCCGUUUAUGCAGCGGCAGAUUGGUUAUGAUGUGUUGGCAGAGGACACAAUCACCGCACUCCUGCACAACAACAGGAAACUGCUGGAGAAGCACAUCACAGCCUCGGAGAUCGAGACAUUUGUUAAACUUGUCCGUAAAAACAAGGAGCCCAGGUUCCUGGACUACCUGUCGGACCUGUGUGUGUCCAACAACGAGGCCAUCCCCGUGACCCAGGAGCUCAUCUGCAAGUGUCUGCUCAGUGAGGAGAACAAGGACAUCCUCAUUGAAACCAGGCUUGUGAAGACACAAUUUGAGGUGGAGAUGGUGGAUGAUAGCCAGGAGGGCGGCCUUGGGGAGAAAAUCUACUCCAAUGACGAGGAGGAGGAUGUUGUUGUGAUCUGGAAGGACGUGGACGGCUCCAGUGUCCAGGUGGAGUUGCGGGCCCUUGCUGAGGACUCGGAUACGGACACCAAGGACAAGGCUGUCCUCGACUACUACAGACAUCAGUUGAAUCUGUUUUCUGAUAUGUGUCUGGGCCGCCAGUACCUGGCCAUCAACAAUCUGUCAGUCGACCUUGACAUCAACCUUAUCCUCAGGUGCAUGUCAGAUGAGACCCUCCCAUUUGACCUGCGGGCCUCGUUCUGUCGGCUGAUGUUACACAUGCACGUGGACCGGGAGCCUCAGGAGACCGUGAAGCCAGUCAAGUACGCCCGUCUUUGGAAGGAGAUACCGGCACAGAUAUCCAUUGAUGACUAUGAGUCCAACAUCGGUCGUGACCCCGACAAAGAGAAGGUGAAGGAAGACUUCCAGGAGACGAUACAGUUUGUGGAGAAGUACCUCGAGGACGUCAGUGAGGACGGAUCGUUUGCAGACAAGGAACAGAACAAACUCACUUUCCAGGUAGUGAACCUGGCCCGUCAGCUCAUCUACUUCGGCUUCUACAUGUUUCGUAACCUACUGCGUCUGACCAAGACCCUGCUCACCAUACUAGACUGUGUGCCAGAGCACAUGGCACACACUAUGAACAGGAUUCCUGUCCAGACCAACGAUGCCACUGAUGUUCUCACAACCAAGAAGCGCCAGGAAGAAACCAACAACAUCGUCAUGGAUACCAAGCUGAAAAUCAUCGAGAUAUUGAAGUUUAUUUCUGACGUUCGGCUUGAUUAUCGCAUCACAUGUUUACUAUCCAUCUUCAAGCGGGAGUUUGAUGAAAAUAACACGCUUAGGGACACACAGGGCCUGGACUUGGAGACCAUUGGUCAGCAGGCUGAGGACAUCUUUGGUGGCAGUGCUGAGACUGCAGAGCUGGACCUGGAUGACCAGGGCGGCAAGAUGUUCCUGCGGGUGCUACUCAACCUGGUCAUGCACAACUACCCCACCCUGGUGUCUGGGGCCCUGCAGCUCCUCUUCAGGCACUUCAGUCAGAGGCGGGAGGUCCUGCAGGCAUUCAAACAGGUCCAGUUGCUGGUGACAGACAGUGAUGUGGAGAACUACAAGCAGAUCAAGUCAGACCUGGAUGAGCUAAGGAACCUGGUGGAGAAGUCAGAGCUCUGGGUGUACAAGGAGAAAAAGUCUGAUGAAACCAGGAAGAAGAAGAAGACUUCGACUGCCGGCAAGACUGAUGUGAAGGCAUUCUCAGCGGAGAAGGGUUCUCCAAUUGACCUUGACCUGGGUCCCCCGAUCAAAAGUGAUGCGGCAAAUAACUACAGAAUCAUCAAAAAGAUUUUGAUCCGUCUGACUCAACUCUGCAUUGAUCCAGUGAAGAAAGAAGCUCGAAAGCAUGAGCAGAGAUUGCUACGGAACAUGAGUGCCUACUCCGUAGUGCUGGAACUACUACAGAUACCCUAUGAUAAGGUGUCCGACGUGCGUAUGCAGGAGCUGAUGAAGCUUGCCCACGGGUUCCUGCAGUGUUUCUGUAUGGCCAACCAGCCCAACCAGGCCCUCCUGCAUCAGAGUCUCGACCUCUUCCUCUCAUCUGGGGUGCUGGAGACUCAGACGUGCACAGCCAUAUUCAAGGACAACGUUUUACUGGCCAACGAGAUCACAGACAACGUGAUCCAACACUUUGUGAGGGCCAUCGAGUCCAAUGGGCGCCAUGUGCAGAUUCUCAAGUUCCUGCAGACAGUGGUGAAGGCAGAGAACCAGUACAUCAGGAAGACACAGGACAUGGUCAUGGCAGAGCUGGUGAACGUUGGCGAGGAGGUGCUGCUAUUCUACAAUGACCGGAGCUCCUUCCAGACACUCGUCUCGCUGAUGCAGUCUGAGCAGAUGAGGAACGACGAGAACAGCGUGCUCAACUACCACAUCAACAUGGUCCAGCUACUGGCCCUGUGCACCGAGGGCAAGAACGUGUACACAGAGAUCAAGUGUCACUCACUGCUACCCCUCGACGACAUUGUCAGGGUCGUCACUCACAAGGACUGCAUUCCAGAGGUAAAGACAGCGUACAUCAACUUCCUGACCCACUGCUACAUUGACACAGAGGUGGAGAUGAAGGAGAUAUACACUGGCAACCACAUGUGGACACUCUUUGACAACUUCCUACUGGAUAUGGCUAUUGUGUCAAACUCCCCCAACGACCGUCGCCAUGCCGACAUAGCCCUGGAGAACUAUGUGACCAUCACAGUGAUGAACGUCAUAUCAACCUUCUUCAAUUCUCCUUUCUCUGAUCAAAGCACCACCAUUCAGUCGAGGCAGCCCACAUUUGUGAAGUUGCUGCAGGGAGCAUUUCGUCUCUCCAACAAGAACUGGGACGCCAAUCAGAACUUCUAUGUGCAGGACUGCAUUAAAACACUCUCCAACAUCGGCCUGGGAAACAGUCUUAAUGCAUCUAUGCAAUUUGAUGCCAAGAACCGUGGUAUAGCCAUCCCCUCGGACCUCGACAUCCAGGUGGUGUCCAUGUUUGAGAAGUCUCAGCUGAUCAAGAGCAAGGUGGCCAAGUGGCAGGGCAUCAGUCGCAAGCGAGAGUCCAUCUCCGUGAUAUCCAGGCCUGGGGAAAACAGGAACAUCAUAGAGGGACUCCAGGGUAUAGUAGAGUUGCUGGAGGACCAGUUAGCUCCCCUAGUCCAGGCAGAGUUGUCUGUCCUGGUGGAUGUGCUGCACCAGCCUGAUCUGCUGUUCCCUUCUGGCACAGAGGAACGUAAGAAGUGUGAGAGUGGUGGAUUCAUCUCAAGGCUGAUUCGGCAUACAGAGAAGCUGCUAGAAGAAAGGCAGGAGAAGUUGUGUAUCCAGGUGCUGGGAACACUCAAGAAGAUGAUGAAACUGAAGAACGACUUUGGUGACAAGUCCCAUAAGAAAGAGAACAAGACACAAACUGUUGCCAAAGAUAGGGUGGAAACUAAGUCAAUGACAAAAAAGGAGUUAGAGGAUCAUCAUAGGGGUGAAGCGUUAAGGCAGAGCCUGUUGACCCGUUACUAUGGCAAACACAACCUGAGCCCGAAGCAAGACACGCCUAGGGCCCUGCGCGGGUCCAGAGAGGAACGCAGCCCUGAGACAAUACCCCAGCGGUCAGAGAUGAACAUACACGAUGUUCAGUGCCACCUGGACCAGGCAGGGGCGUCUGACCUCAUAGUGGAUCUCAUCAUCAAGAACACCAACUACAAGAUCUUCAGAAAGACCCUAGAGCUGGGCAUAGCCUUGCUGGAGGGGGGAAAUACCGUCAUACAGCAUUCCCUGUUGUCCAGACUGCAGAAAGACCAGAACUCUGAGCAGUUCUUCCGUGUGUUCUACCAGUACAUGUUUGAGUCGCAGUCUGAAAUCAAGAACACCAUCAUGGUGAGCACAGCCGAGGUCCUCCUGGAGAAGAAAGCAGACGACAAGUCCCACCAUCUUGGUCUGGGCGGCAGACCCCAUGACCACGCCCCAGUAGAGGAGCCCACUCAGCAGUUCCGCGGGGUAGAGGACCUAGAGGGCGGGGCUGGGUCGGGUAUACUGUCCCUGGAGGAUGCGCUAACUGACCGCAUGGUGCGAGAGAAAGAUGAGAAGAGGCUGCCUCCACAGCUGGACAUCAUGCAGCCUAUACUGCGCUUCUUGCAGCUGCUUUGUGAAAACCACAACAGGGAUCUGCAGAACUACCUGAGGGAGCAGCCUGAGAACAAGACCAAGUACAACCUGGUCACCCAGACCCUGCAGUUCCUGGACUGUAUCUGUGGCAGCACCACGGGCAAGCUGGGACUCCUGGGCCUCUACAUCAACGAGUCCAACGUGGACCUCAUCAACCAGACCUUGGCCACCCUCACAGAGUACUGCCAGGGUCCAUGUCAUGAGAACCAGAAUGCAAUUGCCAUGCACGAGAGUAACGGUAUCGACAUUAUCAUAGCCCUGGUACUCAGUGAGAUCAGCAUGGAUCUUGUGCUGGAGCUCAAGAACAAUGCCUCCAAGUUGCUUCUUGCAAUAAUGGAGAGUCGUCAUGACAGCGAGAAUGCAGAGAGAAUCCUGGUCAGCAUGAGUCCACAGCAGCUCGUGGAUGUGGCCAAGGGGGCCUUCCAGUCAGAGGACGCAGUGGAUGAGGAGGACGAGGAUAAGGAAGCCUCGCCUAAGGCAGUUGGUCACAACAUCUUCAUCCUCGCCAAACAGCUGUCCCAGCACAACAAGGACCUGGCUGCCCUACUGAAGCCCUGUGGGGACCUGUAUGGAGACCAGGCACUCGAGUUCUAUGCCAAACACACGGCACAGAUAGAGAUUGUGCGUCAUGAUCGCACCAUGGAGAAGAUCGUGUUUCCAAUCCCGGAGAUCUGCGGCUUCCUCACAGAGGAGACAAAGGUACAUGUGUUCAACACAGCAGAGAGGGAUGAGCAGGGCAGCAAGGUGGCCGACUUCUUUGAGCGUGUUGAUGACAUCUACAGUGAGAUGAUCUGGCAGAGAGACCUACGUGCCAACCCGUACCUGUCCUGGUUCAGCAGUCACAUGUCCUUCUGGGGAAACAUUGCCUUCAACUUUGCUGUGCUACUCAACCUCCUGGUGGCCUUUUUCUACCCCUUCCAGGACAGCAAGACAGAGCUGGACUCGCGCCUGUCUGGUCUUGUUUGGACUCUGACCCUGGUCUCCCUGGCGCUGGUCAUCACCAUAGCAAACCCAUCCAGCAUCAUCACUCUGAUUGGUUCCAUCAUUCUACGGAUGAUUUUCAGUGUGGGAGUAGAACCUACCCUCUGGCUGCUAGGAAUGCUCAAUGUGAUCAACAAAGGCAUCUUCCUGAUAAGCAUGAUGGGUAAUCGAGGGACGUUCAACAAGCCAUGGCGUCACGUGAUCACAGACUUUGGGUUUGCGUACCACACUGCCUACCUGAUACUGUGCAUUCUGGGGCUGUGCGUACACGAGUUCUUCUACAGCCUCUUGAUGUUGGAUGUCAUCUACAGAGAGGAGACCCUGAUCAACGUGAUGAAGUCAGUGACGCGGAACCACCGCUCCAUCCUGCUCACCGCCUUCCUCGCUGUCAUCCUCAUCUAUCUCUUCUCCAUCCUCGGCUACAUCUUCUUCCAGAACGACUUCCUCCUCGAAGUGGAGCCACUGUCUGCCAUCUCUGCGCAGGCUAAUGUUGAGACUGAGACAUGCUCUGCUGGUGCUGAGAAUUGCUCAGAGACUGCAGUCAACAACUACAAGCCACCUACAGAUGACGAGGCAGAACCAGACAGGCAGAGAGCCUGUGACUCCCUGGUCAUGUGUAUACUCACCACUCUCAAUCAUGGUCUCCGUAAUGGAGGGGGCAUCGGAGACAUACUGAGGAAACCCAGUGCUGGGGAGCCCCUGUAUGUGGCCCGGGUUGUGUACGAUCUUCUCUUCUUCUUCCUCAUUAUCAUCAUCAUCCUUAACCUGAUCUUUGGUGUCAUCAUCGACACCUUUGCCGACCUCAGGAGCGAGAAACAGACCAAGGAUGAAAUUCUGCGCAACACAUGCUUCAUCUGUGGCUUGUCUCGUAGUGCCUUUGACAAUAAGUCUGUGUCCUUUGAGGAUCACGUGAGGUAUGAACACAACAUGUGGCACUAUCUCAACUUCAUAGUGCUGGUGAAAGUGAAGAAAUCUACCGAGUUCACUGGACCUGAAAGCUAUGUGUCAGAGAUGGUCAAGGGCAAACUGCUUGACUGGUUCCCUCGUAUGCGUGCGAUGUCACUGGCAGCAGAGGAGAAUGACGGGGAGCAGAAUGAGAUACGGACGCUGCAGACUCAACUUGUCUCCACCACACAGCUGGUCACGAUGCUCUCACAGCAGCUCAAUGAGCUCAAGGAGCAGAUGACUGAGCAGAGAAAACAGAAACAGCGCAAGGGCUUUCUGCAUACAGCUACCACCCUGCCAAACCUUCUCAACAACAUGCAGCAGUGACAGUCAACCACCCUGUCCAACUUUCUCAACAACAUGAAGCAGUGACACUCUACCACACUGUCCAACCUUCUCAACAACAUGCAGCAGUGACACUACCACCCUGCCCAACCUUCUCAACAACAUGCAGCAGUAACAGUAAACCACCCUGUCCAACCUUCUCAACAACUUGCAGCAGUUACAGUCAACCACCCUGUCAAACCUUCUCAACAAAAUGCCGCAGUAAUAAUUUACAUGCUUGGAGCUGCAUACGGUGUGGGUGGGAUCUAUGUGAAGACUUAUAUUUCUUAUCAAUUUUUUUAAGCCUUACAAAUUUUUAUUUCUUUUGAUUUCUAUAAUAUUUUCAUGCUUUAGUUGAUUUUGCUUUAGUGUGUUAAUGCGAAAAAUAGUUUUGCUGUAAAAAAAAACUGACAUUUAAAUCUUUGAUCUUGACUCAGUUUGUCACAUUAAAGUGACAGCGACUCGUAUUUGUCUUUUUCUAUACUUGUUGAUAUUUGAAUGACCUACAUUUAUACAAAUUUUAAAGCUAUUUUCUGUGGUUGUUGAUUGACCAUGUUUGAAUGGCGAUGUAAGUUACUUCUUAAAUAAUAUAUCUUGUUAUAGUUGAUCAAAUUUUUAUUUAAAAAAAUUAAAUUUAAUAUUAACAUUUAUUAUCAAACAAUGUAUUUUGGAACAAUUGAAUUAUAUUGUCUUGUUUUUUUUGGCCAUUGUGAUUUAUAUGUAAUAUAUGUGUUAUAAGACUUUAUAUUGAAUACUUGAUUUGAAUUAUGCGUAGGGAAUAUUGCAGGUACAUAACUGUGGUGUUCCGAUGGGUUUUAUCACACGAGUUUAGAACAAACAGUAGGAACACUACAGUCAUUAAAUAUUCCAUUUAUUAUAUACUAUUAUCUUCUGGCAAUGAAAAACAACAACAGAAGUCACAAAUGCUACUCAUUAUGUAUUAGUGUGAUUAUAAAUGUAACCUUAUACUGAACUACGCAAAUAUUUACAUGACGUCAUUAUAUCGUCUGUUUUGUUGUUGAAAUCGUUUAAUACAAAAACAAAUUUCUCUCAGUUAGAUAUGGAAGUCUUCUUUAUUCAAUACCAAAAUAAAAGUACAACAAUGUUUAAGUGAUAUCAUCCAUAGGUAUAUUAGAAAUGUGUGUAUUUAUUUUUGUUGUAUUAACCAGUUACAUAAUAUGUUUUGCCCUCUUGAAGUGUAAUGUUUAGUAAUUCGAAUCUCUCCAGGUUAAAACUGUUCUUUGUCUACUGUUUGUACAUAUCAGCGACUAUGUUCUGUAAGUAGCAAUGUCACAGUCAGAUUCAAGAAGCAAAAUUCAGUUCUUGAAAUGUAACUAGUCAUACCAGCACACGAACCAAACAGACAUGUAGUAGUAUAUCAAUACCAGCACACAAACCAAACAGGCAUGUACUGGUAAAUCAGUACCAACACUCAAACCAAACAUAAGUAUACCAUUAUAUUGAUACCAGCACACAAACCAAAUAGACAUGCACUGGUAUAUUGAUAUCUCAUGCUAGACUAGGCAGUGACUAUGAACUGUUUGUUUGAUAAGUUCUAAUGAGUGUUGUUAUGUUCUUUACCCUGUGAUCCUUUCAUUUAAAAAAUAUAUUGAACUUCAUUUCCAUAUUGUAUUUACUUGUGAUCGGUGCUAAAUUGUUCAUAUAUAUAUAUGUAUACAAAUAUAAAAAAUAUAUAAUGCC